UUGUCAUCUUAAAUGAAUCUACAAGAAAUAACAAAUCACUAACUACAGUGUAUUGCUACUACAGCGUUGUGCCCGUUGGAGAAGAGUUUUACUGGGGGAGUUAGGGGCGCAUAUAAUCCGUAGCUCAGUUAGGUUAACGAGGAUUAUCAGUCUACAGUACUUUUGAGACAUGACAGUGCUGGCAUAUCUUUUAGAGUUGACUGACAUAAAAAGCGUUUUAAUUUUUGUGUCAAUUUCCCUUCUGCUGUUGGACUACUUCAGGAAUAAACCACCAGCGAACUUCCCUCCAGGACCGCGGUCAUUACCCUUCAUAGGACACCUGCACCACUUGACUGACUUCAGCAAGGUCCAUCUAGAGUUCGCAAAGUUUGCUGAAAAAUAUGGGAAUAUAUUCAACUUUCGGCUUUUCGGUCCAAGACUUGUGGUUCUCAACGGCCACAAAGUAGUGAGAGAACUAUAUGUCAAUCAAGGAGACCAUUUUGCUGACAGACCAACUGGCAUACCAUUAUUUGAGGACAUUUUUGGUGGCAAAGGUCUUGUUGCUUCCAAUGGAUAUAGCUGGAAACAGCAAAGGAGGUUUGCUCUGCACACUCUGAGGAACUUUGGACUGGGCAAGAGAAGCCUUGAGCCGUCAAUUCUUCUGGAAUGCCGAUAUCUAAACGAAGCAUUUAGCAAUGAGCAAGGUAAGGCCUUUAACCCCCAGUGGCUCGUUAACAAUGCUGUGUCCAACAUCAUCUGCGUGCUGGUGUUUGGGGAACGUUUCGAGUACAGCGACGAUGACUUCCAGGCCCUCCUGAGGAACAUCAAUUUAGCCGUCAGCCUGGAGGCGGGUAUUUGGGCACAGUUCUACAACAUGUUCCCAUGGAUAUUCCGCAGAAUACCUGGUCCCCACAGGAAAAUAUUGACCACGUGGAAUAAAGUGGUUACCUUUGUAAGGGACAAAGUUGAAGACCAUCGUGCAGACUGUGAUCCCUCAAACCCCAGAGACUAUAUUGACUGCUUCCUCACAGAGAUGGAAAAGUGGAAGGAUGACAAAGCAGCAGGCUUCAAUGUGGAGAACUUGUGUUUCUGCACCCUGGACCUGUUUACAGCAGGAACAGAGACCACGUCAGCCACGCUGUACUGGGCACUGCUGUACAUGAUCAAGUAUCCAGAGAUACAGCGAAAGGUGCAGGAGGAGAUAGAUCGAGUGGUGGGAUCGUCAAGGCAGCCUUCCGUAGCCGACCAGGAGAACAUGCCGUACGCGGACGCUGUCAUCCAUGAGAUCCAGAGAUUUGGAGACGUUAUUCCUCUGAACCUGGUUAGAAGUGCCACGAAAGAGACUCAAGUUGGAGAAUAUGUUAUUCCUAAGGGAACAAUGGUAAUGGGGACCCUGAAUUCUAUUCUGUUUGACAAGACGGAGUGGGAGACGCCGCACAUCUUCAACCCAGCGGGCCACUUCCUGGAUGCAGAGGGGAAGUUCCGGAAGAGGGAGGCCUUCCUGCCGUUCUCCUUGGGUAAAAGAGUGUGCCCAGGAGAGCAGCUGGCUAGAAUGGAGCUCUUCCUCUUCUUCACCUCUCUGCUGCAGCGAUUCUCCUUCUCACCACCAGAGGGAGUAGAACCCAGCUUGGAGUCCCAACUGUCCUCCACUAACAGCCCCCGACCCUACCGACUGUGUGCCACUCCUCGUUGACGUCCACAGGAGCACAGUGGCACUUCUCUGUUUUAGUGGCUGUGUUGUAGUGGGUGUUAUUACACAAUGGGAAAAUAUUAUAAUUAAAUUAUAUAUUAAAAUAUAUAUUUUAUAUAAUAAU